AUGUUCCCUGGGCCGGCCGGGUUGGAAUUCCAACCGUACGAUUGCCAUCGUGCGGUUCACCCUCGUCCUCCCUCUGGACCACCCUUGGACCUGGUUGUCCAACUGCACCCCUCUGGUUCCUCCCGCUUCUCCCUCUCGACUGCUCUCUUUCUUCCUCCUCGACUUCUUCAUCACUGCCGCUACUCUCUUCACGUGCCUCCUCCCUAUAAGAUGGAUCAUUCCGCUCAUUACUUUCAGUAUCUGGUAGUGUUAAAGCCCGACGCCCUGCAGACUGGAACGCGUUCUCCGGCCCCCCUUCAACCCCGUUUCCUUCUCGCCGUCCCGCUCCUCAUCCUCUCCCUCGCAAUGGUGAUUGCCGGCGAGCCGUGGCCAACGCCAUCGCCCGCUGCCGCUGCGUCAGCGGUGAGCGGAAGGUCCCUGCCUGUUGCUGCCUCUGAGACUGCUGCCCGGAGGCCGCCGCUGCCUCCCGCAUUGAAGGCUGUGUCCUCGGCCCCUGCUGCUGCUGAUCAGCAUCCGGCUCCCCCUGCUCCUGUCGCUGCUCCCGCUGGACAGGUUCCUGCCGCUGCUCCUGCUCCCCCUGCUCCUGCCGCUGUUCCGGCUCCCCCUCCUCCUGUCGCUGCCCCGGUUCCCCUUGCUCCUGAUGUUGCUGUUCUGUCUCCUCCCGUCGAUCUUGGCGCCCCGCCACUCGACGCUGCCCCUGUUGCGCCGGCUGCCGCCGUGGGCUCUGCCGCGCCGGUGGUGUCGCAACCGGCGGUGUCCGCCACCACUGCCGGCCAGUCCCUCGUGGUGGGACCUGUUGAAGCUCCCGCCCCUCCGGCUGCGGCGAUUUCUGUGCCGCUCCCGAAUUUCCAGGCGGUGCCUGAUCCUGCGCCGCUCGCUGCUAUCCCCCCUGCUCAGCGUCAGCCAUCUCCGGGUCGCCGGCAUCAUCGGCCUCACUCCCCGGCUCCGCGGGACGAGCGAGAGAUGUCGCGGCGGCGUCGCGACUCUCUCCGGCGCCGUGGUCCCCAGGCGAGCUGGGCUGCGUCCCGCGGUGGUCGCGGUGGCUGGUGGGGAGGGCGCGGUCGUGGUGGUGACUGGGGGUAUGAUCGGCCGGUGUCGAUGGCCGAUCUGCAGCGAGCUGUUUCUGCUGCUGUGCGCGAGGAGCGGAACGGGCAGGCGAGCCAGAGCAAUUCGCCUCGCGUCGCUCCAACUCAUGCGUCUCUUCCUCCAGCUGUGCCCUACGCGCCGGCGCCUCCUCUUCCCCAAUCGGCCGUUCCUCCUCCUCAUGCUCCCUCUGCAUCUGCUGCUGCACUUGGGAGCCAGGCGUCUCUGGGGCAGCUGUGGCGCCUCUCUGAGGGCCUGCGGGCUGUUCACCUGAUUCAGGUGUAUGGUCACGCGGCUCUCGCCCAGGGUGUUCCUCUGGACAGUGGCCAUCGGGACGAGUGCCUAGAUGCCGCUGAUCGGCUGGGCGAGCUCCUGGCGCCCGUGUUGGCUGCGCCCGCGCGGGGUGGAGUUGCGGGCGUUGGACAGCUUGGGACGGCAGUCCGUGGGCUGCGCCGGUUUUUGCGCGCAGGGACUGCAGUCGACUUGAUCGGCGCAACCACUGUGGUGGUGCGCGAGCUUCAUCGCUCGUUGACGGGUCUUCUUGCCGUCCUUGACGCGGAUCAGAUGUAG